GAACUUCUUGGCCGUCGGGACGUGUCCUGUUUUUAGCCUGCUUGCUCUUUCCGUCGAAACUUUCUCGAGUUACUACAGUGAUAAUAAGCGAAGGAUUUCGUCCAGGGUUCCUCCCCUUCCUUCAGUAAAGCUGAUCACGAUUCCUGGAAUUGCAGAAACAAACAAAAAACGCAAGAUGGGAGUGGAAGGUGGGAUGAAAUGUAUUAAAUACCUAAUGUUUUUCUUCAACUUUAUAUUCUGGCUCUGCGGAAUUGCUUUGAUUGCCCUGGGGAUUUUCGUACAAAUCGAGCUCAAAAACACGCUGGUGAUGACCAGCCCAGCAUCGGCUUCUGCUGCUCCUAUUGUCAUCCUGUCCGUAGGCGUCAUAGUAUUCUUCAUCUCCUUCUUUGGUUGCUGUGGGGCAGUGAAAGAGAACUACUGCAUGGUCACCACGUUCGCUGUCCUGUUGACUAUAAUCUUCCUGGUGGAGAUUGCAGCUGCCAUUACAGGAUACAUCUUUAAAGACAAGGUCCAAACAGUGAUUAAAGAUGAAAUCCAGCAAGAAAUGAAUAACUACAAUUCAUCCAUGAAAAAUACUUUGGAUGAUUUGCAGAAGAGAUAUUCCUGCUGCGGAAUCAACAGUUAUACUGACUGGUUUAAUGUCACACAAUUUAAGCCUGGAAGAGUACCCUCCUCUUGCUGCAAGAAUACCACGGACUGUACCAAAAAUCCCACGCGUGAAAAUACUUUCGAAGAGGGUUGUGUGAAAAAAAUAGAAGAUUGGCUGAAGAGACACAUCGUGAUCGUGGCUGCAGUUGCGUUGGGCAUUGCCUUCUUUGAGCUCCUGGGCAUCAUUUUUGCCUGUUGUCUCAUGAAAGGAAUCCGCAGUGGCUAUGAGGUCAUGUAAUCGUUUCUCUUCCUGUACAUCUGGCUGUUAUGAGGCCCAAUCACAAAACUCUGGAAUACUUUCAUCUCCAUUUCUGGGGAUACAGUUGACCAUCAUGUGCCAAUGGGACAGGGUUGGGUGGAUGCCUCUUCUUCUGUUGCCUGUUAGGAAAAUAUAUGCUGCCCUCAAAGGAUUCACACAUUGCCUUAUCUCUCUUUUUUUUCCUCUCCCAUAAUGGGCAGGUUUAAAUCCAUUCCUUGCACCUCACUUGCAACUCCUAGACCUUGCAUUAUCCUUCAUGUGAGACUUGUGUGCCACCUACUGGGCAUCUGAUGAUAUGUUACUGGUGCCCUUAAUAGAUGUGAGCAAACAUAUUUAAAGACAUUAUUCUACUUUAUGAGUCCUUUCAAGUAGACUGUCUUAUGUGUUCAGCUAUAUUUCUCUUUUCCUUUGGAAAGAUAAACUCUUGAUUCUAUAUAGGUUAUAAGAAGGAAAAUUGUCAGGGCUAAUAUUUUUAGUCAGUAAUUCACUAUUUGGAAAAUAAAAGAUAUUGUUUCA